AACUCCCGCAGUCAGACUAUUGUGUUAGGCACGUUCAGCUCUCCCCAAACUCAUUUUAGAGGUUCUUUAUAACCGUUUUAUUAUUUGGCAGCACAUACCCAAUUCAGUAAAGACACGAAACAGAGUCAGAGAGGUCCCCAUCUCUUCAGUCUUCCCUUAUCUGAGUGACUGAUGAACAAAGCAGACUACAUAUUACGCACCAACAACGACAGCACCCAUCAUCGUAUGCUAUUUCUAUCUCUCUGAUCUCUCUCCCUCUCAUGGCGAUCGCAGCAGCUUCUUCAAUCCCCUUAGUUGUUGACAGAAGACCCACAUGCAAUUACUUGAUUGCAACGGGAAUUUGGUGUUGUUUUUCAUCUGUUUGGUUGCUGAGAAAACAUUGGAAGAGGGUCCUCAUUGUCAUUUAUGUCAUGCAGAAGGGGUAUGUUGCUCAACAUCCCAUGGGAUAACAAACAGCUGGUUGAGACCUUCUUUUGAUGUUGGAAGAGUUCCUGAUCCUGUUGGCUUAAGUUUUAGAUGCAAAAAUCCAUUUUUGGGAUCAACACAAUUCCAUUGGCUCUCUAUGGGACAUGAUCUUUGCCUUUCAAAAGUUUCAGUCGCUGCAGACUAUCCAGAUUCUGUACCUGAUUCUUCUAGUUACAUGAGUAACCAAGCUUAUCAUCCUCUUGAAGAAGUUAAAGAUUCCAGAAGAAUCCGGGAAACUAAACUUACUUCUGCUGAAAUAGCAAGGAGCACAGUUGAGGCUAACAGCUGUGCUUGGCUGGUAUUUCCUGGAACGGUACAUUGUGAACCACACGAACAAAUUUCAUGGGGUGAAUUUCAAUAUGUUAUCGAUGACUAUGGAGAUAUAUUUUUUGAAAUUUUUGAUGAUACAAACAUCUUAGAAGACCGUGGAGCAAGUAACCCUGUGAAUGCUUUGUUUGGAAUGGAGAUCCCAAUAUAUGAAUACAGAAGGAACACUGGUGAAUACAACAUUUCUGAAAGUGGCAAUAGCAAUGAGACCCUUUUUGAAGAUGAUUAUUUUGAGGUUGUAGGUUCUGAAUUGUCUGAGGUUUCGGUGGACUGGGGAAUGCCAGAUACUUCUACCUUGGUUCACCCUAUUUAUUUUUCUAAAUGCUUGACAAAGGCUGCUAAUAUGGAAUACAAUAAAACAAUGGAUUAUCCAUCAAAUGGUGUUUCUAUUGUGGGCUGCCUCAGACCUGCUUUUGCUGACGAAGAAUCAUAUAUAAGAACGCUUUUUCAUUGUGUAGAUAGUGAUGGAUACAACUCAGACUGGAAAGAUGGAGAAAUCUUAAGCUUGAAUUCCGAAAGUGAUCAAGGAAACACUGGCCCAACGCUGUACAGGUUGGAGAUUAUGAGAAUAGAGCUAUUCUCUGUUUAUGGCAUCCAGUCUGAAAUUAGCUUGCAAGAUUUUCAAGAUGCUGAGCCUGAUGUUCUUGUACACUCUACACCAGCAAUUGUAGAGCGGUUCAGUGAGAAGGGUAUUAGUUGCGAUGUUGCUCUUAAAGUACUUUGCAAAAAGAAGGGCCUUGAUAUUGAGGGAGCUCAUUUGAUUGGGGUUGACAGUCUGGGCAUGGAUGUUAGGGUUUUCUCUGGGGUGGAAGUACAAACACAUCGUUUUCCUUUCAAAGUCCGGGCAACGUCUGAAGCCGCAGCUGAAAAGCAGAUUCAGCAACUCUUGUUCCCACGGGCUCGCCGCAAGAAAUUAAGAACUCUUGGGGUUGGAGUUCGGGAUGUGGAUCCUUUUUAAUUCUUCCAUUGUGCUCUCUUGAGGAUUGGUUUCGAGAUUACCUCAGGCUUAACUUAUUUAGAAGGGGUCACUCUCUCUCUCUCUCACAAACACACACACACACACACACACACACUGCUUUCAACUCAUUGCUUAUGCCUUGACCAGUGAUAACUUUAUGUUCUUUUAGUUCCUUGUACUAAUGUUUUUGUAUGUUAAUUUGAUAAUGUACAGAAGAACGGUUGAGUUUGUUUCUAAUACUGGCCGCAGUGUAUCCAUAGAAUAAAUGGCUGGCUGAACUGCAGCCGUUUUUUUGGUCCAAUUCUCUCUAAAGUUGAAAUUAAUAUGUAUAUAUGGAAAGCUUGACCAUCUGAUAGCAAUGAUUGUAUGUGGUAUUAGAAAGUAUUUACCUAAGAGGUUGAGAAUUGAGAUUGUUUUCUAA